GAAGUCAUUCUUGGUGAAUAAUGCUGGGCCACGCUGAAAUUUGUGGCUGAGAGCCCGACCCUCGUCAUUGCCACGUAUUUUGUCACUGAGACAGGGUAACCCAUGGUAACUAGGCUUAGAUCAGUUAAGGGGCAGAGAGCCUCCCCUCUCUACUGCUCUAUAAAAGAGACCCAGCAAAGGGACCCUACUAGCUAGCUCUCAGCGUGGGUGAAGGUGUGGGAAGAAAAGCCCAAGAUCUGCGGAGCACAGCGCGCAAGCUGCAACGCAAGGCCAGCAUGCUACCUAACUUCAAACUUCAGUGUCACUUCAUUCUGAUCUUCCUGGCGGCUCUCAGAGGGGACAGCCGCUACCUAGAGCUGCAAGAAGCCGCGGACCACGACCCUUUCCAGCUUUUCAACGCCAAUCUGAAGCGGGACCUGGCUGGGGAGCAGCCGUACCGCCGUGCUCUGAGGUGCCUGGACAUGCUGAGUCUCCCUGGCCAAUUCACCUUCACCGCCGACCGGCCGCAGCUGCACUGUGCCGCCUUCUUCAUUGGCGAGCCGGAGGAGUUUAUCACCAUCCACUACGACCUGGUGUCCAUCGACUGUCAGGGAGGGGACUUCCUGAAGGUGUUUGAUGGCUGGAUCCUCAAGGGGGAGAAAUUCCCCAGUUCUCAAGAUCACCCUCUCCCCACCACCAAGCGGUAUGUAGAUUUCUGUGAGAGUGGUCUUAGCAGAAGAAGCACCAGAUCUUCCCAGAAUGUGGCCAUGAUCUUCUUCCGGGUCCAUGAACCAGGAAAUGGAUUCACAUUAACCGUAAAGACAGAUCCCAAUCUCUUUCCUUGCAAUGCCAUCUCUCAGACCCCGAAUGGAAGGUUUACCCUGGUGGUCCCACACCAGCAUCGAAACUGCAGCUUUUCCAUCAUUUAUCCAGUGGCAAUCAAAAUAUCUGAUCUCACGCUGGGACACUUACAUGGUCUUCAGUUAAAGAAACCCUCAGCAGGUUGUGGGGGAAUUGGAGAUUUUGUGGAGCUGCUGGGAGGAACUGGCCUGGACCCUUCCAAGAUGAUGCCUUUAGCAGAUCUCUGCUACCCCUUUCAUGGCCCGGCCCAGAUGAAAAUUGGCUGUGACAACACUGUGGUGCGCAUGGUCUCCAGUGGGAAACACAUAAAUCGUGUGACAUUUGAAUACCGUCAGCUGGAGCCAUACGAAUUGCAAAAUGCUGAUGGGAACAGCAUCCCGGAAUUCUGUUUGUCCAGUCUUUGA